AUGGAGGCUAACACCAGUUUAUUUACGCCCAUACGACAGUCACCAACAGAGCACCUGCGAGUGCUACGACAAUCAACCCAUGUGUCCCGGAACACAUCACCAUACCUCUCCCCCGGGCUCCACAACAUCUCAGAGACCUGGGUCCGGUAUCUCCGAGCCAAGGCCCACGAGUUCGUUGAUGAAUUCGGGCAGGUCAGAAAUCAGCACAAGCUGCUGUGCAAGAGUGUCUCGGAGAGGAAAUAUAUUCAGAAUUGGUGUCACAGGGUGAAGCGUGAUGCUAGGGAAUUCGUGCUCUGUAUAUAUGACGAUGCACGUGCGGAUAGGAUGGACAAAGACAGAAAAAGACAGAAGAAGAUGGACAGGGUCGACUCUGAGGAGAGAGGUGUUGAGGAGUUUAGUUCGGGCCCUGCGAGUUUCCUCGAGUGGAACUCAGUUGAUAUAGAGGAAGAUACCGAGGAAGAUAACUCGGACCCUCCGAGUUUCCUCGAUUGGGACUCAGAGGUUGAUGAUACCCCAGAGAAGGAUGAAGAAGAUACUCAUCCCGAGACCUUGUGGAGCACUAGCAGCAAGGGCUCUUGCAGCACCACAUACAACAGCAUCUUCGACAGCGACGAAGAGUACUCGGAUGGUGACGAUUUCGAGCACAUUUAUGCUUACGACGGCCCGCCUAUGCCAGGCAAUGGAUUAGAGAAGGACUCUAGUAGCUGCGGCGAUUCCGCCAAAUAUGCGGACGAUAAUAAUACGCAAAGAAGUGAAUUGGAGGAUGAUAACCUUUCCCAAAUCACACAAUCAAUAAGAAACCUCGACACAUAUAUAACCCCAUCCUACGACAACCCCUUCCAUUCACAUACCUUAUCUUCAUAUGAAGAAGAGCCACAAAAUCCCUUACGCUCCUAUCUUUCUUCUCCCAUCGUCGACACGGAAAUAUCCGCACCACCACCACCACUACCACCACAGACGGGACCAACGUUAUUCGCUCCUAUCAUGAACAUUUUCCCCGAGGAGGAGCAGGCCAUGAGCCACAUGCAGCGCCUAGAGACCGCACAGGAGCAGCUCGCAAGCGCCUGGACCUAUUGGGGCGAACCCAUAUACAGCGGGCACCCGAACAAAUGCUCGUGGGUGCUCUGCAGAAUACGAAAUCCCCCACCAUCAUCAUCAUCAUCAUCUACUACUACCGCUCUCUCGUCUCGUCUACCAUCCCUGCAAGUCACCACCCCUGAGGGCAUCGUGUGUCGCUUGUAUGAGAAGGAAUCCGUGCUACCAGAUGAUCAUGACUUGCAUGUCGCGGAGCGCGACGCGGCGCAAGCUACUAUGCAAUUCGAGGUGCGCUUAUGGCGAUACCGCAAUGAAACUUAUGACGAGUGGGUCAGGAGAGAUAAGGCGGAGAGGUGGUGGGCUGAGAGGAAGAAGGCAGAGAGAAGGUUGCUGUGA